CUCCACAUCGCAACAUUUGAAAUUCACCGACUCGUACUCUCUCAUUCACUCGACUGUUCUCUAUCCCUCUCUUAUAUUCCUCUUUUAAACAAUGGAGCCCCAACCUCUGAAGCUUGUAAUGGUCCAAGGCCCACGCGAGGGCGAAACCCUUGAAUUCCCACUCGGAUCUACCAUCCGAAUCGGCCGCCUCGUCCGCGGCAACAACGUCCCCAUCAAGGACCUCGGCAUCUCCUCCAAGCACCUCUCCAUCGAGUCUUCCGCUUCGGGCUCGGGUAAAUGGAUCCUCCGCGACCUCGACUCUUCCAACGGUACCCUCCUCAACGCCACCAAGGUCCUCCCAUACACCCCCUAUGACCUCCGCGACGCCGACUCCAUCAAGAUCGGUGAAUGCACCUCCUUCUUAGUUAAGAUCGACGGCCACGAUGCAAGCCAACUCAGACGGAACCCCAGGCGCCAAGCCGCCGAAAAAUAUACGGUGGAACCGGUAGCAGAGAAUCGGUCCCGGAGAGGUAAAGCUUCUAAGGUGAGCGAAGCUAAGUGUGAUGAGAAAGGUGAGGAGUUGGAAACUGGGAACCGAAGGAAGGGUCGGCCGAGGAAAGCUAGGGUUUUGGAGAGUGAAGACGCUGCAGAGAAACUUCGUGAGCCGGAAUCGGAGAAUGUGAGACCCGUGGAAGAGAAACCGGCACGGCAAACAAGAACUCGGCGUACUCUGAGUGCAAAAGAAUCUGCGGUCUUGGAACCGAUUCUCGAGAAGAUUCCGGAGAACUCGGGUGUAGAGUGUGGAGAAGUGGAGGUUAAGGGUAGAAAGACACGAGCCGGGGCGAGAAGAAGGAAGAAUCUAUGCCAAGAGUCAUUGGAUUGCGCUCGAGUUGAUGCUGCAGAGAACAAUGAGAAUGUGGAGGAGCCGGCGCAUUUGGGAGAAAAUAUUAGAACAGAUGUUGAUAAAGGUGCUACGACCGGAGUUGAUGCUUUGGAGAAUGUGGAGGAGACGAAUUUGGAAGAAAAUGAUAUAAUAAAUAAUGGUAAAGGCACUGCGACUGGAUUUAAUGAUGAGGUAGAAAGAGGGUCUGGUUCUGGUGUCAAAGAGGAAGGGCUGGAUUUGGAGAGGAUGACGCUUGAGGACUGGUUCAAUUAUUUGGAGGUCCAUUUACCAAAGCAGAUAAUUCAUGAGACUGAGGAAAUGAUUGAGGGUAUGGGACAGAAAGCCGAACGAGUUCGUGAGUAUAUUCUGGAGCAGAGGAAUGAGAGGGGUAAAGUGCCCGUGGGAUAGAGGAUCGAGCGGUUCGGUUAAAGAGGUAAUGUUGCUCAAAUGGCUUCAUUUUUUAAAUGUGUGAUGUGGACUACUUGUGAAGUACCUGUAAAAAUCUUUUGAUUCUCAAUGAGCUAUGCAGUUCACAAUGAAUAUUUUCGAUCCUGUAAUAUAUUUAGUUGGUAAUCUUUCUUGAGUCAUUGGUGUAGUUAGAGCCUUAUAGGAGAGAGCGAAGUCUACUGUGAAAGAUGAUUAGGCGUCUCGAAGUUCUUCCCAAGAUAGGAACUCUGGCACCUGAUCAAUACUGUUUUAGACAAUUUUUGGAUCAGUGAGGUGGCUGCUUAGGGUGAGGUCAAGGUCCCUCAGGCCCCAUGACUGGUGUUUCAACAGCAUUCUCCGGACAAGUACACUUUAAAACCCCAUUGUGUUUAAAAUCCCAUUGCUGCUGUAAGGUUGGUUUGGGAUAUAAUCAAUGUAAUCAUGAACACAGUGCUGGAUAUUCUACACACAACUCACAAGAGCAGCUUAAUGGAAGUGAUGCAGAGGUAGGAGGAAGAAUGAAAUAACGGAACAAAAUGGCAGAGAGGAAUUAGACGAUUCUAUAUAUCUUGAAACGUACAAAUGCUCUGUUACUUGUUGAUGCUGUAAAAAUUGCACAAUAGGUCGGAAGGGGAUAAAAAAGCAUUCCCAACCCACUGGGAUGACUUGACCUCGAGCGGUAUUGUUUGGAGCCCUUAACAGUAUUUUGGUGUGGCUGUACGGUGAUAAUGCGUUCAUCCAUUACAGAUAAGUGUAGAGAAAAUAAAGAUAAAUACAAAUAUUUACGUAAUUUAGCAUAAUUUCUAUAUCCGGUAUUUGGAAAAAAGAAAUCUAUU